CGCUGCUCGCUGGCCAGGAACCCGUGGCCAAGAGCCGCAGCCAAAGCCUCUUGGGUGCAGUGUACUCCCGCACUAGCCCGCUUGAGACCCUAGGAUUUGCUCCAGGACACGUACUUAGAGCAGCCACCGCCCAGUCGCCCUCACCUGGAUUACCUACCGAGGCAUCGAGCAGCGGAGUUUUCGAGAAAGCGACGAGGGAGCAGCGUCCCGAGAGGAAUCAGCUUUUCAGGAACUCGGUUGGCAGACGGACUUGCAGGAGAGCGACAUCCCAACAAGCAGAUUCAGAGCCCCCGAGUGGAGAGGACACCCCAAGGGAUGACGCCUGGGUCCCGGAGCGCCUGUCGCUGGGCGCUACUGCUGCUGGCGGUCCUGUGGCCGCAGCGCGCGGCGGGCUCCGGCAUCUUCCAGUUGCGGCUGCAGGAGUUCGCCAACGAGCGCGGUAUGCUGGCCAAUGGGCGGCCCUGCGAGCCCGGCUGCCGGACUUUCUUCCGAAUCUGCCUUAAGCAUUACCAGGCAACCUUCUCCGAGGGACCCUGCACCUUUGGCAAUGUCUCCACGCCGGUAUUGGGCACCAACUCCUUCGUCAUCAGGGACAAGAAUAGCGGCAGUGGUCGUAACCCUCUUCAAUUGCCCUUCAAUUUUACCUGGCCGGGAACCUUCUCACUCAACAUCCAAGCUUGGCACACGCCGGGAGACGACCUGCGGCCAGAGACUUCACCAGGAAAUUCACUUAUCAGCCAAAUCAUCAUCCAAGGCUCCCUUGCUGUGGGUAAGAAUUGGAAAUCAGAUGAGCAAAAUAACACCCUCACAAGACUGCGCUACUCUUACCGGGUCGUCUGCAGCGACAACUACUAUGGAGAUAGCUGUUCUCGCCUGUGCAAGAAGCGCGAUGACCACUUCGGACAUUAUGAGUGCCAACCAGAUGGCAGCCUGUCCUGCCUGCCGGGCUGGACUGGGAAAUACUGUGAUCAGCCUAUAUGUCUUUCUGGCUGUCAUGAGCAGAAUGGCUACUGCAGCAAGCCAGAUGAGUGCAACUGCCGUCCAGGUUGGCAGGGCCCCUUAUGCAAUGAAUGUAUCCCCCACAAUGGCUGUCGUCAUGGCACCUGCACCAUCCCCUGGCAAUGUGCCUGCGAUGAGGGCUGGGGAGGUCUGUUUUGUGACCAAGAUCUUAAUUACUGCACUCACCACUCUCCGUGCAAGAAUGGAUCAACUUGCUCCAACAGUGGGCCGAGGGGCUAUACCUGCACCUGUCUCCCAGGCUACACUGGUGAGCACUGUGAGCUGGAACUCAGCAAGUGUGCCAGCAACCCCUGUCGAAAUGGUGGCAGCUGUAAGGACCAUGAGAAUAGCUACCACUGCCUGUGUCCCCCGGGCUACUAUGGCCAGCACUGUGAACACAGUACCUUGACCUGUGCGGAUUCACCCUGCUUCAAUGGAGGCUCCUGCCGGGAGCGCAACCAGGGGGCCAGUUAUGCCUGCGAGUGUCCCCCUAACUUCACUGGGUCCAACUGUGAGAAGAAAGUUGACAGGUGUACCAGCAACCCCUGUGCCAAUGGAGGUCAGUGCCUGAACAGAGGUCCAAGCCGGACCUGCCGCUGUCGACCUGGAUUCACAGGCACCCACUGUGAACUGCACAUCAGCGAUUGUGCCCGAAGCCCUUGUGCCCAUGGGGGCACUUGCCACGAUCUGGAGAACGGGCCUGUGUGCACCUGCCCUGCUGGCUUUUCUGGCAGGCGCUGCGAGGUGCGGAUAACCAACGACGCCUGUGCCUCAGGACCCUGCUUCAAUGGGGCCACUUGCUACACUGGCCUCUCCCCAAACAACUUUGUCUGCAACUGUCCUUAUGGCUUUGUGGGCAGCCGCUGCGAGUUUCCCGUGGGCUUGCCACCCAGCUUCCCCUGGGUAGCUGUCUCCCUGGGUGUGGGGCUGGUGGUACUGCUGGUGUUGCUGGUCAUGGUGGCAGUGGCUGUGCGGCAGCUGCGGCUUCGGAGGCCCGAUGACGACAGCAGGGAAGCCAUGAACAAUUUGUCAGACUUCCAGAAGGACAACCUAAUCCCUGCUGCCCAGCUCAAGAACACAAACCAGAAGAAGGAGCUGGAAGUGGAUUGUGGCCUGGACAAGUCCAACUGUGGCAAACUGCAGAACCACACACUGGACUAUAAUCUGGCCCCAGGAUUCCUGGGGCGGGGGAGCACGCCUGGGAAGUAUCCUCACAGCGACAAGAGUUUAGGAGAGAAGGUGCCACUUCGGUUACACAGUGAAAAGCCGGCAUGUCGAAUAUCAGCGAUAUGCUCCCCCAGGGACUCUAUGUACCAGUCAGUAUGUUUGAUAUCAGAAGAGAGGAACGAAUGUGUCAUUGCCACAGAGGUAUAAGGCAGGAGCCUACUCAGACACCCAGCUUCGGCCCAGCAGCUGGGCCUUCCUUCUGCAUUGUUUACAUUGCAUCCUGGAUGGGACAUCUUUAGUAUGCACAGUGCUGCUCUGAGGAGGAGGAGGAAGAAGAGGAGAAGGAGGAGGAAUGGCAUGAACUGGACAGACUGUGAACCUGCCCAGAGUCGAGCCACUUCUGCACACCUUCAGGAGUCUGUCUGGCCUCAGAUGGGCAGCGCCAUCAAGGGAAGAGUCAAGGGGCCAGAGGAACAUCAGUUGAGCUGAUAUCUAAGGUGCCUCUUGGACUUGGACUUGCUCUGCCAACAGUGGUCAUCGUGGAGCUCUUGACUGUUCUCCAGAGAGUGGCAGUGGCCCUAGUGGGUCUUGGCGCUGCUGUAGCUCCUGUGGGCAUCUGUAUUUCCAAAGUGCCUUUGCCCAGACUCCAUCCUUACAGCUGGGCCCCAAUGAGAAAGCAGAGAGGAGACUUGCAAGGGACAGGCCUCCUGUAGGCAGAACAGCCUUGGAGUCUGGCAUUUAGCAGGAGCUACCCUGCAGGUGAGGAGAGCCUGAGGGGGCUGGUGUGAAUCUCGCCUCUGACCACAGCAGGUGGGGUGCCACCUACAACCUCUGGGCGAGAGUUGGUCCUCUCCCUGGUCCUGGUGCCUCUGGGCUCAUGUGAGCAGAUGAGUUUAGGGCCCCCUUUGCCAGCCAGGGGUACAGGCCUAACUGGGGAGCUCAGGGCCUUUAUGCUAAAACUCCAAUAAGGGAGAGAGGGGUGGUGCUGUGGCCUAGGCCCUUCCUUCCCUCAUACCCAUUUCUGUGCCCUUGAGCCUGGGCUCUACCAGUGCCCACUGCUGCCCCGAGACCAACCUUGAAGCCGAUCUUCAAAAAUCAAUAAUAUGAGGUUUUGUUUUGUUUUGUAGUUUAUUUUGGAAUCUAGUAUUUUGAUAAUUUAAGAAUCAGAAGCACUGGCCUUUCUACAUUUUAUAACAUUAUUUUGUAUAUAAUGUGUAUUUAUAAUAUGGAACAGAUGUGUACA